AUGAAGUUUGUCAAGAAACUCGCGGGUUACCCUCGCCUGCUUCUGGCCGGUAACCCCUCAAGCAGAGACCUGGUCACACUCUUGGUAGGAAUCAUAUCUGCAAUUGCAUCCGGCGUACCAUUCCCCAUCAUCGGAAUUAUAUUCGGUCAGCUCCUCAACGACUUCAAUGCAGUUACCUGCGAUGCAUCUUCCGAUUCAUCGUCUGAUUCUGAAAGCCAACACGAUAUCAACAACGAAAUAUUGCUGAUUGUAUAUCUGGCUAUUGCUCAGUUCGUUUUGAUAUAUGCCCAUCUUUCGUGUUGGAGUUUAUAUGGUGCUCGACUUGCGCAGCGCCUGCGGGAAACAUAUCUACAGAACCUGCUCCAACAAGAACCAUCGUACUUCGACAAUCUACCACCCGGAGAAGUUGCUUCUCGACUUAGCGGUGACAUACAAACAAUUCGUUCCGGCACUUCAGAGAAAGUAGGAAUAUGUCUCGCAAGCGUCUCAUUCUUCGUCACGGCAUAUAUCGUCGCUUUCAUCAAAGAUUACAUACUAGCAGCGGAAUUGAUUUCUUUGAUCCCGGCAUACUUCUUAAUGUCAUUCGUCGGCAGUCACUAUAUCGAAAAGUAUUCUGGACUGAUGUCGGACUACGCUGCUACAGCUGCAUCAAUCGCGUCGGAAGCACUUUCGAAUAUUCUCGUUGUGCAGGCGUUUGGUGCUAAUCGACGAUUGGAGAAGAAGUUCGCCAAUGCUCUCAAAUCGUCGGAACGGGAAGGGCUCAAGAAAGCCACAGCGGUGGGCAUACAGUCUGGAGUUUUGUACUUCAUUGCCUAUUCGGCGAACGGCCUGGCUUUUUGGCAAGGAAGUAGACGAAUUGCUGAUGCGGUGCGUGAUGGUACUGGUGGUGCUACUGUGGGCUCUACAUUCACAGUUAUCUUUAUUCUUAUCGAAGCAACCUUACUGCUGAGUCAAGUUGCCCCUUUUCUGCACUUGUUUGUUGCAGCUGUUGCUUCCUUCGAAAAGUUGCGUGGAGAUAUUGAUCGCCAGUCUUUGAUCAAUGGCACCACUGCUUCUGGCAUUCGCCUUUCACAAGCACAAGGUGGUUUUGAGUUCAAGAAUGUCUCUUUUACCUAUCCGGCCAGACCAGAAGUCACAGUCCUCAAUGAAAUCGAUCUUUCUAUUCCGCCCAACAAGCAUACGGCUAUCGUUGGUCUUUCUGGUAGUGGUAAAUCAACCAUCGCAGGUUUGGUCACUCGACUCUAUGACCCGACAGAGGGACAAAUACUGUUUGACGGCAAGGAUAUUCAUGAAAUCAACGUGCGAGACCUUCGAGGCUUCUUGAGUCUCGUGCAGCAAGAACCUUCUCUUCUCAAUCGUUCCCUACUAGAGAAUAUCGCACAUGGCUUGAUAAAUUCUAGUGAUCCCAAAUUCACACACCUGAAGCAAAAGUUGUUAAGCUCAGAGCUUACUGAUUUGGCAAGAUUGGUCAGAGAAGGCAUGGAUUUAAAGACUGCCGCAGAGCAACGAGGCGCUGAGAUUGCUGAGAUUGUCCGCUUGGUGCAGCACGCCGCGGUACUUGCUGAUGCGGAACCUUUUAUUACCAGAUUGCAACACGGAUAUGGCACACUUGUAGGCUCGAGUGGACGUCUCAUUAGCGGUGGUCAGAAGCAGCGGGUUGCGCUAGCUAGAGCUCUCGUCAAAGACCCCGCUGUUCUUAUUCUAGAUGAAGCUACAGCCUCGCUCGACUCCCAAAGCGAGCAGCGUAUCCAACGGGCCAUCAACAACAUCGCUACCGGCAGGACUAUGAUAACAAUUGCACACCGACUGUCGACUAUCACCUCCGCCGACAAUAUUGUCGUCAUGCAAAAAGGGCGUAUUUUAGAGCAGGGAACUCACUUGGAAUUAAUGGCCAAAAAUGGAGCGUACGCUGACCUUGUCAAACUACAAACUCUUGGGUCCUCUUCUCAAAGGCCAAAUGAAAAAUCAGCCAAGACUGAAAUUGAUGAAGUUUCAGAACGCACCUCGUUGACAUAUACCGAAAACGAAGUUGGCAGUUUUUCGAACAAUGACCCUGAGAAGGCAGAUAACAUCAUCUCCGAAGAUCCAAUCACCGAAAACUCAUCAGCGGACGAAGAGAAAGAACAAGAGACCCCGUCCAAGUCGUUGUGGGCACUUGUUCGAGGCUACGCACCAGCUGUCAGGCCGCAUCUACUCAUGGUACUCUUCGCACUGCUCGGAUCAAGCGUUGUUGGCGGAGCCUUCUCUGGUGAAGCGGUGAUCUUCGGAAACACCGUCGGAAGUUUGAAUCCCUGCAAAAGUCCCAGUAGCAUAGACUCUCGUGGAAACUUUUUCGGCCUUAUGUUCUUCGUUCUUGCAAUUAUCGAGUUCUUUGCAAAUCUGGUCAGUUGGUCCGGAUUCGGCUGGGUGUCUGAAAAGAUGGUGUAUACUGUGAGGGUGCUCUCUUUCCGAUCCCUUUUUGAGCAGGACCUUGAAUGGCAUCAGUCAAAAGGGCGAACACCAGCCUUGCUCUUGUCUUAUAUCACCAGUGACGGUAAUGCUCUCGCUGGCUUGAGUGGUUCUGUCAUCGGAUCCAUGCUAUCAAUCACGAUCAACCUCAUUGCGGCAAUCAUAUUGACUCAUAUUAUUGCAUGGAGAAUUGCACUUGUCUGUCUGUCUCUGGUACCACUCCUUCUUGGUGCUGGACUGAUGGAGCUUCGCGUUCUCGGAAAGUUUGAGGAGCGACACGAAAAUGCAUACACAACUUCUGUCGAUAUCGGUGUCGAGGCGAUCACUUCUAUCAAGACCAUCGCAUCUCUCUCCCUCGAAGAAGAGACAUUGUCUACUUACCGAAAGUCCCUCCAGGGACCUCGUAAAGAAACACUCAGAGUAACUCUGGAAGCAAGUCUCUGGCAAGCAACGACAUACUUCCUCGGGAAUUGCGUGAACGCGCUGGCAUAUUGGUGGGGCGCAAAACAGAUCAUAGCAGGAAACUACACACAGACACAGUUCUUAAUUGUGGUCUUCUCACUACUUGUCAGCGCUCUUCUCUGGAGUCAAAUGUUUGCUCUUGCACCGGAACUGUCCAACGCCAGGGCGGCAAUGGCUCGGAUCUUAGGUCUUAUUGAACUAGGGUCGGAUAAGAUGCAAGGCCAUAUACCGGACUAUUCGCUGCCCUUGUCAUCUCCUGCCGAAGAUCCAAAAGAGAAAGAUGUUGAAGCAAUGGCGACGACAUCAUCUCGUCAUCCAGGAGGUCAAGCGGCGAGCGUACAGCUUCGUGACGUCCACUUCUCAUACCCAGCGAGACCAGACAUCAAAGUUCUAAACGGGUUAAGCAUUGACAUACAACCUGGAAAGUUUUGUGCCCUUGUAGGCCCCAGUGGUGCCGGAAAGUCUACCAUCAUCUCUCUAGUUGAGCGACUAUACGCUCCGCAAUCCGGCUCAAUACUAAUCGAUGGUGCCGACGUAUCAAAAUCGCGCGAUGUGACUUUCCGAGACACGAUAGCACUAGUACCUCAGGAGAGUGUACUAUUUGAGGGCAGUAUCGAAUUCAAUAUCAGCCUAGGCGCCAAACCAGGCCAUGAAGCUUCCUUGGAUGAGAUCAUAGAAGCGUGCAAACUUGCUAACAUCCAUGAUACAAUCGAAGCAUUGCCGAACGGGUAUCAGACUCUCUGCGGACCGAAUGGAAGCCAGUUCUCUGGAGGUCAAAAGCAGCGGUUAUCCAUCGCCCGAGCGCUGGUACGGAAACCGCGAUUGUUGAUUCUGGAUGAGUCAACAAGUGCAUUGGAUGCGGAAUCGGAAAAGCUGCUGCAAGAUGGACUUGAAAAGGCUGCGAGGGGCAUCACUGUCAUUGCGAUAGCGCAUCGAUUGCAUACUAUAAGGAAAGCGGAUAUUAUAUUCUUGAUUGAGGCGGGAAAGUGUGUGGAUCAUGGAUCCCAUGAUGAGCUGCUGGAACGAUCGGAGAGUUAUAGGUUGAAUGUUAUGCACCAAACGGUGGGAGAAUAG